GAGCCAACAACCAAAACCAGGUAGAUUCAAGAAGAAGAAGAAGAAGGAGAUAGUCAAGACUCAGCGAUUUUGAUUCCCACUGCAGAAGGCUCUCCUUGGGUUCUCAAGCUUUCAUGGCCGAUCAUUUUGACCUCCUUUCCAGCUCGCUCGCAUCUGAUUCAAUCCAGUGGUUCAUAGCUUGACGAAGACCGCAACGAUUUCUGUGCACUAGUGGCAAUUGUUGAUACAAAAUUUAGCUCUAUUGUAAUGCAAUCAGUUCAUGAGGAGAAUAAGAAGAAUUUGAAGCGUUCGAGAUCAUUAACUUGCGAAAUGCCGGUCACGGAUUGCAAUGUGUCACAGACUACACUUGAUGACUGCAUUGUUUUCCGCAUUGAGGAGGUUGUGCAGCAUCCUUUGCCUGGAUACGUUGCGCCAUCGUCAAUCAAUUUUAGCUCCGAUGACAGCAUUGUGACGUAUCUGUAUAGUCCUGAUGAGAGUUUGAACCGGAAGGUGUAUGCGUUUGACUUGAAGAGUUGUAAUGAGAAGCUGUGCUUUAGUCCUCCGGAUGGUGGACUUGACGAGAGUAAUAUAUCGGCAGAGGAGAAGUUGAGGAGGGAGAGGUUGAGGGAGCGGGGGUUGGGAGUGACGAGGUACGAAUGGGUUAAGACGAGCUCGGCAAAGAGAGCCAUCAUGGUGCCAUUGCCAGCAGGGAUUUAUAUCCAGGAUCUUUCAUGUUCAAAACCAGAGCUCAAGCUUCCUAGCACGCCGUCUUCACCGAUUAUUGAUCCCCAUCUAUCCCCAGAUGGUACAAUGCUUGGUUAUGUAAAAGACAGCGAGUUGCAUGUUCUGAAUUUGUUAUACAAUGAAUCAAAACAGCUAACGUUUGGCGCUAGAGGAGAUGUUUUGACUCAUGGUCUUGCUGAAUAUAUAGCUCAGGAAGAAAUGGACCGCAAAAACGGAUACUGGUGGUCUCUAGACAGCAAAUUCAUUGCAUUCACAGAAGUUGAUUCCUCUGAGAUUCCUCUCUUCAGAAUCAUGCAUCAAGGCAAAAGUUCUGUUGGUUUAGAAGCUCAAGAAGAUCACCCUUAUCCCUUUGCGGGAGCGUCAAAUGUCAAAGUUCGUCUAGGAGUAGUUUCCUCUGCUGGAGGUCCCAUUACUUGGAUGGAACUUCUCUGUGGGGGUACAGAUCAACCAGACAGUGAGGAGGAGUAUUUGGCAAGAGUAAAUUGGAUGCAUGGAAACGUUCUUAUAGCCCAGGUUUUGAACAGGUCACACACCAAGCUAAAGCUCCUUAAGUUUGAUAUUAAAAAUGGGAAGAGAAAAAUUUUAUUGGUAGAAGAACAACGGACAUGGGUAAACUUACAUGACUGUUUCACACCUCUAGACAAAGGACUGACCAAAUCUUGUGGUGGAUUUAUCUGGGCAAGUGAGAAAUCAGGAUUCAAACAUCUUUACCUGCAUGAUGCCAAUGGGACAUGCUUAGGUCCUAUCACUGAAGGAGAAUGGAUGGUUGAGCAGAUUGCUGGUGUAAAUGAAGCUGCAGGUCUUGUUUAUUUCACUGGAACUUUGGAGGGGCCUUUAGAAUCACACCUUUACUGUACUAAACUAUUCACAGACAGAAGCCAACCCUUGCAAGCUCCAGUGAAGUUGACUCGCAACAAGGGGAGGCAUGUCGUCGUGCUUGAUCAUCAUAUGAGGAACUUUGUUGAUAUCCAUGACUCCCUAGAUUUUCCUCCCACGGUUUUACUCUGUUCCUUGCACGAUGGAAAUGUCAUUAUGCCUCUGUAUGAGCAGCGAUUCACAAUUCCGAGAUUCAAAAAGCUUGAACUUGAGCCACCAGAGUUGGUUCAUUUACGGGCUAAUGACGGUUCAACAUUGUAUGGGGCUCUAUACAAGCCUGACAAGGCUAAAUUUGGACCUCCACCUUAUAAAACAAUGAUCUAUGUGUAUGGUGGACCAUCUGUCCAGGUUGUUUCUGAUUCUUGGAUGAGUACAGUUGACAUGAGAGCCCAGUAUCUAAGAAGCAAAGGCAUCUUAGUAUGGAAGUUGGAUAACAGAGGAUCUGCUCGACGCGGACUGAAGUUUGAAGGCUCUUUGAAACACAAUGCUGGUCGUAUUGAUGCAGAUGAUCAACUGACUGGGGCCCAAUGGCUUGUAGACAAAGGGCUAGCAGAAGCAGGUCACAUUGGAUUGUAUGGUUGGAGCUAUGGUGGGUAUCUUUCAGCUAUGGCUUUAGCCAGGUUUCCUGAUGUGUUCCGAUGUGCAGUGUCUGGUGCCCCUGUAACAGCGUGGGAUGGGUACGACACAUUCUAUACUGAGAAAUAUAUGGGACUUCCUUCUGAGAAUAAAGAGAGUUACGAGUGCAGCUCAUUGAUGCACCAUGUGCACCAGAUGAAAGGAAAAUUGUUACUCGUGCACGGAAUGAUCGAUGAAAACGUGCAUUUCAGACAUACUGCCAGGCUUGUCAAUGCGCUCAUUGCAGCUAGGAAGACUUAUGAACUGUUAAUUUUUCCAGAUGAACGACACAUGCCACGCCGGCAUAGUGAUCGAGUUUAUAUGGAAGAAAGAAUCUGGGAAUUCAUAGAAAGAAACUUGUGAAAACCAUGUCUAAUACACCUUUGUUGUUGUAAUUUUUCUUUUCGGGGCCUUGGCGGAUGCCACUGUCAAGAGAUAUAUGUUCAUCUCCUUCAUUUCUGUCUUUUAAGUUCGAGCCAGCUUCUGCUGUUC